AUGUUGGCAGGAUUAGUCAUCCACUUGUUAGAACUCGCAGAUGGCUCAAUGUUCUCUUUGGGAACAUGGGGCAGAUAUAGGCCUUUUUGUCCCAUGGUCCUGUGGUCCAUGUUCCAACAGGUUAUGAGCCUGGUUUGCGCACUCGAAGCUCCCAUUGGACCUUUGGCCUUGGGCGGUAGAGACUGUAGUGUACAUUCUCAACAGGCUACGGAGUACCAGAGAGCACGAAGGAAGUCGCCCUACGAGCAAGCCUACGGCAAACAAGCAACGGUCGAAUACCUCCGCGUUUACGGAUGUAUGGCGUGCGUUUUGAUAUAUAAGGAUGACCGUGUUCAAUCUCAAAAGAUGCACCCCCGGGCCUAA